UGAAGCUGCAUUGAAACUGCAAUUUGGCUCCCACUGAAGACCACUACAUAGGCUAUAGAGGAAAAUCCUGGAAUGUUUUCCUCAAAAACCUUCAUUUCUUAUCGACUGAAGUAACAAAGACAUGAACAUCUUGGAUGACUUGGGGAUGAGUAAAUCAGGAUUUUUUUUAGAAAGCAAACUAAUCCUUUAAGAACAGAUCAUACCUGUAAUCUGGAAGUCGAACAUUUUAUGCUUAGUGUUGUUAUUGCACCACAUACCCGCAGUGAUGGAUUUCGUCUGGAGAGGAUUCUGCACUUUUGUUCUCACAACACUUGUUUUCCAAGCAUCUCUCUUUUCCUGUGUAGAAGUUACAGGACUCAUGAUCAGGAAUGAAGAGCUGAGAAAGUGUUUACAAGUAAGUGAAGAUCAGGUCAGCAGCCGGUUAACGCUGCAAGAGUGCAGAGCAGAUUCGGCUCUGCAAGAGUGGCACUGGAACCCUGAAACACGCUCCCUCAGCAACCCACGGACGGGAGGGUGUUUAACUGCACCUCAGAUCCAGGAGCAUGAGAGUGUUUGGCUGCAAGCUUGCAGCUCUGAGGAGAUGGACCGUGAGGGCCAGACCUGGAGCUGCUCUAAAAAGGGUCUCCUGACAUUACACGGCAAGGGUCUGCACCUGAGCGCACGUCACGAUUCCUCCAAGGUCUUCCUUUCCAAAGAACGUGGGAAAGGCAGCAAGUGGAGGACGCUGACUAAUCAAACGGUAUGCGAGGAGACAGACAGCACACAUCACGGCCAGAAUGUUUUACAAGAAUCUCAGCAGACACUUUCGACCGGACCCCGAAUCCUCACUCAAAUUCGCUAUUGGCAUUCUGGGAAUAGUGGCCAAACCUCCAAAAUAAAGUCAACUGAAGCAACGCAAACUUCAGAAGCGUCGGCUGAACCUCAAAGUAGCGUAGAGCCUGACGGACCUUCUGUUAAUGUGUUUACAACAGACUAUGGAACAGGCUGGAAAAUGACAAUGUUGCUUCUAAGCAGCUUGGCACUGUUACUUGGGCUUGUGAUCCUCACUCUCAACAUCUACCAGAACAGGAGGAAGAAAACAGUGGUGGUGUUGAAAUCCUACAGUCCGACAGGAGAGGCCAGUUUGCCUGGGUCACCGGUGCCUAGUGAGAGAGCUCCUCUAACCCGACACCCUAUGAAAACUGCUCAAUCUCCCUCCAUCCAGCGAGGCGAGAUCCUGGUUGAAUGGAAAGAUGGAACAGUAACCCCACUGUUUGAAACAUAUCUAACUGACUAAGUGGUGUCUUAUAGAAGAAAUGGCUGUGAGUAACUUGCGUAUUAUUUACAAGCAAACAAACAGACCUGCAUUGGUGGCUUUAUUCACACGGGCUAAUUAAUUAUGAUUCAGCAAUCAUCUAAAUAAUCACUGUCUUCCAGGGAAUCACUGCCAACUCCAUAAUUAUUGCCAAUUUCCAUGUAUUUAUUUAUUUGAUAUGAGGUCGUAGAAUAAGUGGGAUAAAAUUAUUGCAAGAAAAUAAAGAUAGAGUCACACAGUCAUUAUCACAACUUUAACACAAGUGUAUUGAUCAGGACUGAGCAGUAUAAUUUUAAAUCAAAUCAAUCUUUAAUUUGCAUUAGUUAUUUUGCUAUAAUGACCAUCUGACUGUACAUUAUUCCUUACAUAUCCAACAUCUUAAAAAAAUCACAGACAUCUGUUGGGUUUACAGAAUGGCAUCCCUCUGGUGAAUUUUGAAAAACUGAGGUUGGGUCCUGAUCAAAGACAAUAUUCUGUACCUUGCCAAAAAGACAUAAGGUAACGUCAGGUCAAAUACAGAUCAAACUUAACAAAAGAUAUAUAUGCUGUAUAAUUAACAAUGAAUGCUUAUAUAAGCUGCAUUGCGUAUAUGUGACCCAGGACAACAAAACCAGCCAUACUGGUCAAUUUUUUGAAAAUGAGAUUUAUACAUCAUCUGAAAGCUGAAAUAAGCUUUUCAUUGAUGUAUGGUUUGUUAGGACAAUAGGACAAUAUUUGGCUAAUAUACAACUAUUUGAAAAUCUGGAAUCUGAGGGUGCAAAAAAAUCAAAUUUUGAGAAAAUCGCCUUUAAAGUUGUCCAAAUGAAGUUCUUAGCAAUGCAUAUUACUAAUCAAAAAUUACGUUUUGAUAUAUUUACGGUAGGAAAUUUACAAAAUACCUUACUUAAUAUCCUAAUGAUUUUUGGCAUUAAAAAUAAAUCAAUAAUUCUGACCUGUACAAUGCAUUGUUGGCUAUUGCUACAAAUAUACCGAUGCUACUUAUGACUGUUUUUUUUUUUUUUUUUUUUUUUUUCCGGUCCAGGGUCACAUAUGUGAGUGCAAAAUAGAGAAAUAGCAAUGUUAUAUAGUAAUACAUUCAAAAUAUUCCUCUAAAACACACUGACUUUGACUGAAUAUUUUCAAAGAAGUGUUGUGUUUAACAGUAGAUUAUUCUUGAAUUGCAUAAGCCUAUAUCUGCAAUUAUUUUUUAUAUUCUGAAGACAGCCGUCUUGUAAGUGUGUUUAGGAAUUAGUGUAAAAUAUAUGAAAACCAUUUGUUUGAAAAAAUAAUAUUAUUAAAUAUCUCAUGUAAUAUAGCAAUAUUUAACAUUUUCAAUAAAGUACUGUUGACGUA